AUGGCCGGAACGAAGCGUCCCGUAGCGGAGGUCGAAGGCGCUAAACCCGUGGUUAAAUUAACGAAGAAGGAGCGUCGGCGAGAGCGCAAACAGACCCCAGCACAGAAGAUCGAGUAUCAAUUCCGUAGUCAUGUCGAGACUUGCGUUCAGCAGAACGAUGCUGCUCAGGCGCUAAAAGUGUACGAGCAGAUGAAGAGCCAAGGCGUCAGUGUGGCUUCGUAUAUCUACAAUAUGAUUAUCAAUUUGUGUAGUAAAGCUGAAGACCCAGUGGCCUAUAAAGCCGAAGCUUGCAAAGUAUUUGAGGAGAUGAAACAGGCGAGUACCGCUAUCAAUCAGACAAAGAAAAAAGCCGUAGAGGUGGGUGAACCCAUUUACAGUGCCAUGAUUAAGCUCUGUAGUACUGCCAAGGACUUUAAGGCGUGCGAUGCCCUUGUCGCUGAGCUUGAGGAAGCAAAAGUGUUGCCUAAGCUGCGCAUGUUCAGUCCGCUGCUACAGGCAUACAGCGCUGCAGGUAACCUGGAAAAGUGUAUUUGGGUGUAUGAAAAGUUGCUUUUACACGAGCUCGAGCCGAUGGAAGACGACUAUGUGGCUCUGUUGCGUGUUUGUGUAAAGACUGGAAAUUCCGAGCGCUUCUACGCUUUCUUGAACCGAUUUAUUGACGAAAUUUGGCAACCAAGUCUCUCGACGUGGGACGUGUUGAAGGACUGGUUUAGCAGUGAGGCAGCGCAGGUGAACGGCCGCAAGUGGAAGAUCAGUGAGGGUGCUGUGUCUAAGGAGGGUGUGUGUUCCGUGACAAAUAAUCAACUGCAGUCGUUGGAACUAUCGACUGAGCUACAAGAGGCGCUGCUGGCUAAGAUUGAGAAACUCGUACGUACGGACGACAAGCGCAAACUACAAUGGGACGAGUUUAAGCAGUGGUUGGAGAAAUAUGGGCCGUUUGACGUGAUUAUUGACGCCGCCAAUGUCGGCUAUUGUAACCAGAAUUUUGACGGCGGCGGAUUUAACUACGGGCAGAUUAAGCACAUGGUGCAGCACUAUGAGACAAAGGGCAAGAAAGUGCUUAUUGUACUGCAUGAACGUCGCACCGCGGACAAGCAGGUGCCACUUGAAUACCGAGCUCAUAUCGCAGAGUGGCGCGCGUGUCAUAAAAUGUUCAACUGUCAGCCUGGUAACAAUGACGAUUGGUACUGGCUCUACGCGGCCGUGAAGCUUGGCGGUCGCACGCUCAUGGUUUCGAACGACGAGAUGCGCGAUCAUCACUUUCAAAUGAUCCACAAUCGUGCAUUUGGCCGCUGGAAAGAGCGUCAUCAAGUUCAUUAUCAGGUGCAUGGGCAUCGUGUGACGGUCAAUGAGCCACUGCCUUAUUCUGAACGACCGCAGCACAUUGGCGACGUUUGGCAUUUCCCAUCACGGAAAAAGCGCAUCAUUACAGCCGAAUCUACUGCACAAGUCACAGACGACAAGAUACACUGGCUGUGUAUUGAACUGGAACAGACGCUUUAG